AUGGAGAACGUUGACCAUCAAGAAAGCACAACUAUCACGUUCGAAUGGGUCCUUCGAGGUUUAAAGGGCUUGUUUGAUUCAAGCAAGGGCGAGUCCAAAUCCAAAGUAACGAGAUCCAUAAGAUUUGGUGGAGGACGUUGGCAAAUAUUAUUUUACGCCAAUUCUGGCACGGAUGGAGGGGCUUUCAUCAGUCUGUAUCUUUCAUGUGAGCCUACAGCAAACGAAAAGGAUAGCGCGCUAGACGGAAAAUGGGUGAGAGAGGGAGUGUAUAAAUUUAGCUUUGAGCUUCGAAGUUUGGGUAAAACGUCUUUGUUCAACAUGAAAGAGGCAAACAACCACUCUUUCUCUUGGAAGACCGCGAAUUGGGGAUGGGCUCAAUUUUCCAGAAGAGACCACGUAUACUAUCAUUCGGGCGCUGUUAAGGAACAGGAUGCUUUUGUCAUUAUUUGUACCAUAACAUCUUCCCCACAUCCUCCAGUUCAACCUUCAUCUGUACCCUGUCAAUUAGCACCUAAAGAUCUUCUGUCGACGUUUGGUUCCCUUCUUGACGAUCCUGCAUAUUCGGAUGUUGAGUUCCUUUUACCUCGACGAGGCCGUUACAGAGGUUACAGGAAAAUAUGGGGUAAUCGAAAGAUUCUCCAGAGAGCAGACUACUUCGACACAAUGUUUAACUCGGGCUUUGCGGAGUCCUCAACUGACUCGUUGACAUUGGCUGUCGCUUCCCAAGCUUCCCCGGAUAUCGAUGAAGGAUGCUCAGAUUCUACUUACCUCGUACAUCAAUUCGAAGAUUCGGACGAUGAAGAUGAAGAUGACGACAUUCUAUCUGAUGAUAGAGACGAAACAGAAUCAGAUAACAACGUCGAAAUCCACUCACUCCGGGAGAAAAGGUCCUCAUCGAGUGUCACUGCUCUCGAUGUGCUGAAUCCAUUGGGACAAUCUACGGAAGACUGCUCACCCGAGCGGUACGAUUCACGCAAUGUCAGGGCAAAGUUAUCACACCCAUCUACUCCCAGGGGCAGAGGUUUGGCACUUGAGAAGGACGACAUUGAUUUGAAAUCGGCUGCUGAACCUUUCGAGGCAAAUGUCACUUCAACUCCUAAGAAGUUGCGAGUGGUAGUUAAGGACGUCGCUUAUAGAACGUACAAAGCGGUUCUGUACUAUAUAUACACUGAUAUCAUUGUCUUUGCUCCAUUAUCCUCCUCUUUUUACCUCACGUCGAAACUUGGCAAGCGGCCAGUAUCUCCUAAUCCAGGGCAUGCCCCUUCAGAAAGCCAGUCCAAUCUUCUUGAUGGGCAGAAAGGAGUUCAACACGGCGAAGCUUCCGCCGUAGGGCCCACCUCUCGAAGAGAAUGGAUCAAAAGGUGGUCCAAGAAUAACCCAGAGCGUCCGGCACCUUGCUCAGCUAAAGCAGUAUAUAGACUAGCUGAUAAACUUGAUCUUCUGGAGCUCAAAGAAAGGGCGUUUCAACACAUCCAGAAGUCCCUCAUCGUGGAAAAUAUUCCAUACGAGAUAUUCUCUCCUUUUUCGGCUACCUUUUCGGACGUUCGAAAAGUUCAAGUAAGCUUCUUCCUGGAACAUUGGAGUGAAAUUCGCACUUCGGAGGCCAUGCGUGUUGUUUGGCAACAAAUUAGGUCGGGAAGGCAUCCAGGAUUUGAAGAAGUGUGGCCUGUUAUUGCACAACAAUUGGAAUUCAACCCACGCUCAACUCUCGUCGCAGAGGGAGACAGCUCGGACGUUUGA